AUGCCGUCUCCUUCUCCGUCUCCAGCACGCUCGCCAUCCCCAUUGCGCACGCGCAGCCCAUCUCGCGACAGGUCGCAUACACGAUCACCGAGCCGCUCUCGUUCACCACGCUCGCCAUCGCCACGGCGCUCACUGUCCCCACGGUCUCGGUCGCGUACCCGAUCCCGCUCGCCCACAUCACUGUCUCCCCGGCGCAAUGGCCGGCGCAGCUACACACCAAACAGCAGAUCGCGCUCAAGAGGGAGGAGUUACACUCGCAGUCCUACCCCCAGGGAUGCGUCGCCAGCGCCCCGGAGUUCAAAGAUUGUGGUAGAAGCCUUGACCAGAAAUGUCAAAGAGGAUCACAUACGUGAGAUAUUUGGAAAGUACGGCGUCAUCAAAGAUGUCAGGAUGCCCAUGAAUCCCACAUUCAACAUCAAUCGCGGUAUCGCAUACGUACUCUACGAGGAGAUUGACGAAGCCGAGCGUGCAAUCGCAAAGAUGCAUGACGCACAGUUGGACGGUUCCAGAAUCCAAGUCUCCAUCGUGCUCCCUCGACGUCGCUUCUCCCAAACACCUCCCCCAGCCCGGAGAGGCCCACCGCCAGGCGACAGAUUUCAAGACGACUUCGACAGCGGAUAUGGACGCGGCGGACGAGGACCACGAGGAGGAGGCCCACCCGGAGCAUACAGACCACCGCCUAUGGAUGGUCCUCCACGCUACCGCUCUCCACCGCGCCAGGUGGCCGAGGGGGAAGGGGAGGAUGGGGAGGACGCCCACGAUCGUAUACGCGGUCCCGAAGUCGCUCGCCACGGAGGAGUAUGUCACGCUCUUCUUACAGCCGGUCUCCAUCGAGAACUCCGCCAAACCGAGGCUACGGCAGGAGAGAUAGCCCGCCACGAAGAGGUGGCCCUAGCGGCAGCACUGGCGGAGCCAGAGGACGGAGAAGCCCUAGUUACAGCUCCUACGGUAGUGACCGCAGUCGGAGCAGAGACCGCCGAUGAUUACGCUAUUUUCCGGGCUGCAAUGUGUUGGAAGAAGUUACGGUUUACAUGGACGGAGCCCUCACGGGCAGCAUUUAGAGCGUACUGCCAGUUAGGCUUUCUUCGAUCGGAACGUGCAUGGAUAUAUCAGUGA